GAGCGGUGCAAAAAAAGGGCUCUGAUCAGAUCGGACAAACAGAGCCUACAGACAAUAGUUUAAUUUUCUCGCCAGGUGGUGAAUCGCUGCCGGUCGAGCGUUGAGGCUACCAAAGCUGGCUAUUGGUAUUGCCUGUCGGUACUUGGCGCGCGGUUGCACCCAAGAGAGCACACUCAUCCAUCUUCGCUAUAGAGCUCCGGCAAACCACACACACCCAAUCUCACGCAUCUGGACUGCUGCAAAUAUGAAUAUCGUCGAAUGGGCCUUUGGAAAGCGCAUGACGCCCGCCGAGCGGCUGCGGAAGCACCAGCGAGCACUCGAGAAGACGCAACGGGAACUCGACCGAGAGCGCGUAAAGCUCGAGAACCAGGAGAAGAAGCUAGUCGCGGAUAUCAAGAAGAGCGCCAAAAACGGGCAGAUGGGACCUCUGCGGAUACAGGCGAAGGAUCUAGUGCGGACAAGAAGGUACAUUCAGAAGUUCUACCAGAUGCGGACCCAACUGCAGGCAAUAUCUUUGAGGAUACAGACUGUUCGCAGCAACGAGCAAAUGAUGCAGUCAAUGAAAGGCGCGACGACGUUGUUGGGGAGCAUGAACCGGCAAAUGAACCUCCCGGCCCUGCAGCGGAUUGCCAUGGAGUUCGAGAGAGAGAACGACAUAAUGGACCAGCGGCAAGAGAUGAUGGACGAUGCCAUUGACGAUGUUACUGGACUUGAAGACGAGGAGGAGGGCGAAGAGGUCGUAAAUCAAGUCCUGGACGAGAUAGGCAUUGAUCUCGGCCAAGCGCUGGGAGAGACCCCGACUGGCCUCCAGAAGACCGCAGUUGCAGAAGGAAGGGUAGCCCAGGCAAUCGGAGGUGCCGACCCAGGGGACGACGACCUUCAAGCCCGCCUCGACAGUCUGCGAAGGUGAACCGAUCCAUCUAUCAUAUCUCAUAGCUACCGGCGUUAUGGGUUGGGUGGGCCACGAAAUGCGAUGAAUUGGAGCUAUUGGAGGAACUUACAUUUCGAUCUGAACGACAUUGUGUUCCAUAAUGCAGUCACCAUGGUAUGAGCGUUGGGGAGGUCACACAAGCAAGCUUUUGACCUGUAAGACGACUCCUGAAGGUCUUCGGCAGGUGAAGACAAUUAGGGGCAUGCCACGGGAGUAACUUCCCUUGAACCCUGAGACGAUCCCAAUCGCCUCUUUUCUCUGGUAGACUUCCAUCUUUUUCUCCUACUCUGUUUGGCAUGCUUAGAAAGCCUUAUAGCCUACAUGCCAGCCGGGAGCCCUGAGCUUCCCCGCCAAGUGCAAUGGCAGGGAAGCAGUAAUACAAUUUUCUUCGUCUCCUGCUCGGGUGGUUGCUCCUGCUGCACCUCUA